CACAACUACUUGCUUUUCUUUCUUUUUUGCUCUCUCUCUCUCACACUCCUUUUGUCUGUUUCUAAGCGUUUACACUACCGAUUGCUGCUACUGCUACUACGUGUUGAUAAAGACAAUGGCAAGCGUCAUUGUAACUUUUUCGUGUUUGGUUGCAAGAUUAUCGAACAGCAACAACAACAAUUCGCAGCAAUACAAACACUUGAAAAAUUUGGAUCAACUUGUCACAUAUGGCCAGCGUUUAUAUUUGGAAGGCGAAUACGAAGAAGCCUAUCGUUUGUUUUUCAGACUUGAACAAUGUCAGCCACACAUAAAAACCACUUGCAGACGAUACCAGGUCCAAUGCUUGACUGAAUUGGCCUAUUAUACACGAGCCUUGGCCACGUUGGAAUCUUUCAUCUCACCAAGAGCAGCAUCGGGUUCAAAGGCAACACACAAGUCAGCAUCGUCACACUCUCCUUGUUCCUUAGAUUGGUAUAUUUUGGGAAGCGAUAUCUGUUUUGCUCAGGGCAACUAUGCAGCCGCGAUUGAAUGGCUGCGUCGCGGUUGUCAACAAAUGGCACCCAAUGACGAUACAGUGCAAGAAGCGAUCACUUUACGAGAACGACUUGCUUUGGAAAAAUUGGCCCGAUCAACAAAAGGAUCAUUAACAACUACACAACACCAAAGACGAGGAGUUGGACAUUGUAGUAAUAUCAGUGAAAAUAGUCGGCGAAGGCGGCUACAGCAGGACAGUAUGCAACCACAACGCCAACUACAAAGACAGAAAGAAAGGGAACAGUCGACAAUACGGAUCGAUUUUGUAGAAAUGCUCCCCUACGACGUCACGAGUGCGAUUUUUCAAAUAAUGUCGUUUGAAUGUAUCGUCCAGUGCACUUGGGUAUCACGGCGUUGGCAUACGUAUCUCAUCGAAAGCGUACAUCUAUGGCAAGAUCUCGAGUUCUCCUACAAUGAAAUGCCCGUUGAACCCGGAUCCUUAUGCCUUUAUCUAUCUCGCUUGAAUGGCGCUCCACUGAAACGUAUAAAGAUACACCAUGAAUGUGUGGAUGGGGAUGGGCUUUUAGGAACGUUGUUGAAUCAUACAUCCUUGCGAUUACAGGAACUCGACUUAUCCGAAGUAGUAUGCACGCCAUCCUUAUUCUAUGACUUGCUAGCGCAUGUCGGACCAUCACUUCGCGUGUUGCGGUGGCGGGGACUUAUUCUUAAACUCGGCAAAAUCAUUGACUGUGUUGCAGAAUCAUGCGUACAGCUCAAGCAUCUUGAAGUCCGUUCGUGCUUUGUCUCAGAUACGCCUUUCGACAGCGAGACACGUUCUUCCUCCCUCCUGGACCAUUCCAGCGGAUAUUUCCCAAGGUCUUUCUUUGACAAAAUAUCUGCACUCAAGCCAUUGUCCAUUGAUACGUUGGAUUUGGGCGGUAUCCAUGAACUGACCAUGGUACAACUCGCUCGGAUCUUGCACCGAAGUCCAAAGAUCGUCAAUCUCACUCUAGAGAACUGCAUCCUGGAUAUCGUGUCCGUCGCCAAUGUGUUAUUCCAUAGUUGUCCUUUACUUCAACGGCUCCGGUAUUCGCGCCAUCGAUAUGCACAGCAACACGAAGCAGAAGGAGGAGAAGAUGAUGUAGGAAACAGCAGUAAUAUGAUGAGUUGGUCAUUAGCGUCGUCAACAUCAAUAACUACUGCUGGAGGACGGGGAGCAAGGCACUUGCCCCUGACGGCAAUGGCCAGAAAACACGUGGGGAAAGCCUCGUCAGUUGUCGGAAAGAGGUCUUGGCGCGAGAUUACAUUGGCCAAGGCGCAAACUACAACAGAUGCCGUAAUCCAGCGCUUCAUAGGUCAAUCUGAUCUGACACGACUCGAGCGACUCGACUUGACAGGCAACACAAAUCUUUCAGACAAGGCACUACAAGGCGUCUUUACGUUAACAAAAAAUACCAAUUUGAUGCACUUGCGGACAUUGUGUUUGGGCGGGUGCACGGGGUUCACAGAACAGCAAACAUUGUUAAAUAUUCUCAAGGCGGGUCCGAUGCUAACGCACAUUGACGUUGCAGAGUCACCGGCAGUAACAGAUAUGGUGCUAGAUCAGAUUACGGAUGGAUCCAACGCGGCAUUACACACCGUGUGUAUUGCUGGGUGUCGAUCCAUCACAGACGCAGCUGUCAGGAGACUGGUAGACGUACGGAGAGACACGCUGGUCAAAUUGGAUGCGAACAGAGCUUCAAUCUCUGUAGAGACGAGUGGUUACAUAAUGUGUAAAUUAAAAUUAUCUAUCUAGUAAUACAGUAUAUCUUCUCUAAAACAG